AUGGCAGACGACCAAGAGUACGGCUGGGAGGGAAUGAGAGUCAUUAUUUUAGUAUGUCUAGAUAGAAAUGAAAGAAAUAAGCCAUUAGCGAAGAUUGACAAUGAUAUGCAUCCAUUCAUGAUGGUGUGUGGCAAAAUGCGUACUGAGCCAUUUAUAGACAAAAGAGCCAUUCAUUCUCACCAAAAGACGUUCAGUGCAAAUGGGGCAGGUAACAUAAGAGUACCGAUGACCUUGAGAAUGGCCAACAUUGACAAUGCUAUUUCUCAAGGAGGAUGCCCUAUGGGCACUAUGAACCACUUGAAAAGUUUGGGUAGCGGUGGUGGUGAUGGUGGUGAUGGUGGUGGUGGUGGGGGUGGUGCCACCCCUCCUUUGACCACUGCUCUUGUGUUGUUGCGCAGUAUCAUUCAAAGGUUUGUUUGUGGAAGAAUGGAGAGCCUUCUUUGUCUUUUGCCUAUAUUGACUGUCCAGCAAGGGUUGGGAAGAAGGCAAGGAAGUGCUGCAAGACAUUUUCCUUCAGCUACUUGA